CGCUUCUAGGCUAGAUGCAUUCCGCGGUCGUUCCGCCAUGUUCCCGUCCACAACGUAUACUUUAUGGCAGCCCCCGCGAGGAACCUCUCCUCUACAUAUAUCUUCGCAUUGUCCAUAGCAGUGCAAUCAAUUGAGUUCGCAAUUCAACCACCUAUGAGUUCACACGCAUAGUAACCCAACGUUUGGUGUGAAGUCUCUCUCAAAACCGUAUUUGUUUAUUAGACCAAUUUCAAUUUUUUCCUUAGACGCCGCGACUAUUGGCUUGACCUUGUUCAUUGUCUACGCUGGACUUUUCAUCACCUUUAACCUAUGAAAUCGCGAUCACCUUGUUUUUAAUCGUGAAAUUGUUUAGGAAAAGACCAAAUCCUGUUUUUCUUUGUUUGUGAUAGAACGCAAAAUUAAGGGCUGAAACGUACCGUUCUUGUACUACACGCAAACGAUUAUUUUAACCGGUUUUUCGUUCGUGUCGUUCGCCUAAAAUUGUUUAUAAAAGUGACUUUCCCUGCUGUUGGAUGUGCCUAGGGUCCUUACUUCAGGAGUUUAUUUGUCUCAGCAGUCUCAUUCUACCCAUUCUCGUCCUUCCCCCCCACAAACUCUAUUCGGAACGUGUUUCUGGUAGCAUAGAAUCCCCUACGUUUAAGCGCGUGUGUCUUUCUGUGUCUCAGGAACUUUUCUUCAAUCGUCGAAGCUGUACAUCGGAGUCAUCGGAGUUGUAUUACCCUUCGCAUAUCGCAAUUUGCUUCUUCCUUUGACGCCCCCUACGAGUUGACUGUUUCAAAUUUAUUAAGUGGAACUGUCGCUGCUGUCUGUGUUAUUAUACUACUCUUUUUUUUCAUAUAGAAAGGCUCAUAGCGGAAUCUGUUUACACAAGAACCAGGAUGAAGUUUGGCCACAACUUUCAACGCGCUUUGGAGAAUGACAUGCCUCAGGACUGGCAAAGUGCCGCCAUUCAGUACAAGGCUCUUAAGAAAUGCAUUAAGCGGUUCGUCUGUGAACUGUCGUCCCUAGGGCUCAGUAUGGAAACGAUCCGUGACAUCAUUGUUUCCAAUGCCACCCCUGCAGGUCAGGGAAAGGUGCAACCCAUUACUUUGGAGUAUUCUUUGGCCGGGCGGAAAGGAAACAUUAGCCCAAGGCUUAUUGUCCGCAUCGAUCUAGAUGCCGUUAAGUCUGACGAGCGCGCAAAGGCUGUCAUGAAACAGCUGUGCGUCAGCAGACGAGACCCUUCGUUUCAAACGAAGACAACAGGCGGAAAGCCAGUCGCAGAAGUCAUGGAGGAUGAACACUGCAAAUGCUGCGAGCAUUCCGACAACGAGGAACAGAAUGCAAACUUGCAGACAAUGGAGCUUGCCUUGUCCGAGGACCGUGAGUUUUUCUCUAGUCUUAUGGCAGAACUCCGGAAUGUCGAGAACCUGCAGGAGCAGCAACGCGUUUCACUGUUCAACGAAAUCGAAAAGCUCAGCAAGCAGAUUUCAAAAGUGACUUCGCCCCUUCAUCAUUCAACCAAUCAUUCCCUCUACCGCUGGCGGAAAAUCUUUCAAUUGUACAUAGAAGCUGACAUUUUUAUGUCAAGCAAAGAGUGCGAGAAGCAUGCAAUCCGGUCUCCUGAACUCGCCGCCCAGCAUUUGCGCUGGUUCGAUGAACAGGUGUGUCGUUCCAAGUGCUUACCCGCAUCCUCCAAACAUAGAGACGUCGUUCUUUACAAAGAGUUCAUUAGUCUGAACAUGCGUUUGCUGCAAGCAACUUCCUUCCAAACAAUGAACAAGCUUGCAGUGACGAAGAUCUUAAAAAAGUUCGAUAAACGCACUUGUCUCACUGCACAGCCUCUUUUCUUUAAGUGUGUUGCUAGUGAUCCCUUCCUUAUGGCCGACAAUGUCGGCAAGGCAAUCUGUUUCACCCUCUCCAAUUCUCUGUUAUCCAUCGUUCCGCAACUGCAAGAUUUCGAAUGCCCCGUGUGUGCCAGCAUCGCGUACAAACCCGUGCGUUUGAAAUGCUCGCACGUUUUCUGUCUUCAUUGUUUAAUCAUUCUCCAGCGACAAAAGAACCGGUUCUGUCCCCUUUGUCGUGCCGAGGACGUGAUGAAGGCUAAUUCGCUAAACGUUGAUCAUGCGCUUACGAAUUUUAUGGAAACGUACUUCCCCAAAGAAAUUAAGGAGAAGAUGCAGGACAACGAGGAUGAGGAGUUGGGCAUUGUCCGCGUUGUCGCGGACACAAAUGCUUGUACUAUUAUGUGAUUACUCCUUGCGCGUCAGGAUGUUUUGUUAGAUGUUUCAUCUGGACAGCAAGCAACUGCUUGUCAAACAGCUUUUGGUCCUUCGUACAAAAGAACCAUUAAACAAGUUGUUUGCGCGUUCGUUUCCUUCUAUCUAUUUGUUUCUCUUCAUGUUUACCAAUUUGUUGCCGGAUAAAUGGUGCCUAACUGUGUGGGUUUGUUCCUGAAUAUUUGUCUUUGUUUUCAAUGGUGGCUCAAGUUUUUUUAUUUUAUUAUUUCUAUUAUUUAUUGAAUA